AUGAAGGCAGUUAUAUUUCUGCCGCUUUUCUUGAUUCUGUGUAGUGGAAAUGUAGUAAGACAUGAAGAGAAUGACCAGGACUGGUGGGAGACUACGAUCUUCUAUCAGAUCUACCCUCGCUCUUUCCUUGAUAGCGAUGGAGAUGGAAUCGGAGACUUGAAUGGUAUAACAUCAAAAUUGGAAUACAUCAAGAGCUUAGGUGUUGGAGCUAUUUGGAUGUCUCCUAUGUUCCAAUCACCUAUGUAUGACUUCGGGUACGAUAUCGCUGAUUUUUACGCCAUCCACGACGAGUAUGGAACAAUGGAAGAUUUUGACGCUUUAAUGGAGAAAGCCAACGAACUCGAUAUUAAGGUAGUUUUGGAUUUGGUGCCAAAUCACACAUCGAAUGAGAGCGUCUGGUUCGAAGAAGCUCUGAAUGGCAAUGAAAAGUAUUACAAUUACUUCGUCUGGGAGGAUGGAGUGAUCGAUGAGGACGGUAACAGGCACCCGCCGAAUAAUUGGUUGAGCCAUUUCCGUGGAAGUGCCUGGGAAUACAGAGAAGAAGUUGGUCAAUAUUAUUUGCAUCAGUUUGCUGUUGGCCAGCCAGACUUGAACUACCGUAAUCCCGAAGUUGUUGAAGAAAUGAAGAAUAUCAUUCGUUUCUGGCUAGGUAAAGGUGUAGCAGGUUUCAGAGUAGACGCAGUCAACUGUCUUUAUGAGGCAGAUAAAGAACUUUUCGGAGGCAAAUACCCAGACGAGCCACUUUCUGGAAACAUUAACGCUGACCCCGAGUCCCAUGACUACUUAAGCCAUAUUUACACCAAAGAUCGUGAAGAAACGUACUACAUGGUGUACGAAUGGAGAGAUGUCUUUGAUGAGUUCAAAGAAAAAGAUGGCCUUACUAGAGUCAUGAUGACUGAAGUAUACGCUACAAUCCAAGACGUAGUAAGAUACUUCGGUGAAGGAGAUAAGGAAGGAGCCCAAAUGCCUUUUAACUUCGACCUUAUUACCGACGUUGACGCCUCAUCUUCCGCCGCCGACAUAAAAUACACUAUCGACAAAUUCUUAACUUACAAACCUGUUGAUAAAGGCGCUAAUUGGGUGGUUGGUAACCAUGACAACAGCCGAAUGGCAACUAGAUACGGCCCGCCUUUGGUCGACGGAAUCAAUAUGAUUGUAUUGUUGCUUCCUGGAGUAGGAGUGACUUAUAUGGGCGAAGAACUCGGCUUAGUAGACGGCUACGUCAGUUGGGAAGAUACAGUCGAUCCAUCCGGAUGUAACACAAAUGAUCCAAUCAAUUAUGUGUUGUCAUCCCGUGAUCCUGAACGUACCCCAUUCCAGUGGAACGCUGAUAAAAACGCUGGAUUCUCCACGGCUGAUAGAACCUGGCUGCCAGUAGCAGAUGGCUAUGAAACGUUAAACGUAGAAGCCCAGAUAGCAGCUGAAAGAUCACAUUUGAAGGUCUACCAGGCAUUGGCGAGUCUUCGUCAAGAGAAAGUCUUCAGAUAUGGACGUUAUGACUCUUUGGCUAUGAACCACGACGUUUUUGUCUUUAGAAGAUGGUAUCAUGGAGAAACUUAUUUAGUUGUAGUGAACAUGCGUGAUAAUGAACAUGUAAUCGACCUAACAUACUUUGAAAAUGUUGCUGGUGACGUCAGCGUUGUGUUGAGAAGCAUCGAUUCUCCUAAGAAUGAAGGUGACGUAUACGAUGCUUCGUCCCUCCCAGUCGUCGGAUUUGAAGGACUUGUACUGAAACUGAACUAA